AUGUUUCGCAAUCGCACCAAUUCGCAGAAGCCCAAUGAAGAGCUUCUAGAGAACUUCAGAGCGACCUUCCCGCACCUUGCACACACUUCGCGCUCGCAAUCCCUCAACAAUGCCCAAGGACCCUCUCUCACGGAUGCGCUCGACGUAGCUCAGACGGCUCGCAACUUUGGCGACCAAGAGGAUAUCAAGGAUGCAGACCCGACGCCGCGCGGGAAUAACGAACCAUGGCGCUUUACACCAUCUCUUCUCGACCCAAACAGCUUCGCAUUCACCACCUUUGCUAACCAACCGCCGGGAUAUUAUACGCCCACCCCCGGUGGAACCAACACCCUCUACCACAGCCAGGCUGGCGACCUGCACACUCCCGGUUUCAGCUUCGGCCUAGGUACUCCGCUAUCUCUCCCCACUUCAGAAGGCGCUUUGCAUGCUGGACAAACGGCACCUACCACUCAGCUCCAUGGCUUCAACCCACAUGCGCUUGGCACGCACCAUCACUUUACGAACCAGAACCCCUUCGCUAUGCAGGCUCAACAUGCGCCUGCUUUUGCGCCGCAUCAGUUCACUCAUCAGCCCUCGGUCUUCGAACAACAACAUGCGCCACUAGCUCAAACCCACGAGAAUUCUCCUAUGGACAACAUUGUGCCCGACAUAGAGAUGCAGGAACAAUCACCUUUGAUUGGCUAUGCACCUCCGACGUUCGAAGAGAAUGUUCCAGCUCCCGCUGCUCCGUUGCCGGGCGAGAACUUCCGGUAUCACGUUACUCUGAAUGCGCCCACGGCAAUGAUCAAGCAUGCAGAUGAGAUUCCAGUAACAUACUUGAACAAAGGACAGGCGUAUACGAUCUCUUUAGUUGAUACGGCGCCAGUCCAGAAUUCACUCAUGCCUGUCAAGUAUCGAACAUUCAUCCGGAUUUCGUUCGAAGAUGAACAACAGCGUCAACGCCCGGCGUCGUGUUGGCAGCUUUGGAAGGAGGGUCGCGGUACGAAUGAAGCACAUCAAAGAGGUGGCCGAUUACAAGCUGUUGAGUUCGUCGAUCCAAGCCAAGUGGGUGGUGGUGAGAUGCAAGGACGCCCCAAGAUCGAGCUUGACACCGCUUCAUUCGAUGGUUUCGCCGUAACGUGGUCGCCCGUUCACAAUACCGCUCCUGAAUGCUCACUCGCCGUUCGCUUCAACUUUCUUUCAACGGAUUUCAGCCACUCAAAGGGUGUGAAAGGCAUCCCAGUCCGAUUAUGCGCCAAGACUGAGCUGCUUACGAACGGACCCGGAUCUCCAGGCAAUGGCAAGCAAGCAGAGCUUUGCUAUUGCAAAGUGAAGCUGUUCCGCGACCAUGGUGCGGAGAGAAAGCUGUCCAACGACGUCGCACAUGUCAAGAAAACCAUCGACAAGUUAAAACAGCAGAUUUCUCAGGUUGAAUCUGGUAUGAAAGAUUUCGGAAAGCGAAAGCGCAGUGGAUCGAUUUCCAAAGGUGCGCCCAGCCAAAGACCUGGGAAGGUGCAGAAACACAAGAGGACGUGGUCCAUGUCAUCUAACGGCGAGUCUGGAGGUCGACCUGCCGCCGAAGAGGACCUCCAUCUCAAGCUGGCCAGCCUGCAGGACAUGUUCAGCUCCACGAGGCCAGUCAGCGUACUAUAUCUCAAAGGAGAAGACAGUGAUGACCCAGAUCUUCACCCAGUACAGCUGACAGGCUCACCACCGGAUCUACAAAGGGUCGACACGAACGUGAGCACCGACACACAAAUGUGGGAAAAGCAGAGCUCGCAUACUGGAGCUACAUCUUCAGUCGUUUCGCCAACCCCUAGCCAUCAAUCUCUACAUUCCGAAAAGCGGAGAGGGUCGACAUUCAAACAUCCUACGCCUUUCCCCCCCUCUCGAAUGUCAUCAAACGAAUGGCGAAAUCUUCCUCAGACUGCGACGGGCGACAUUAAGCCUCACGGCGUCACUGCUGGUUCUGAUGUGCCCACGAAGGUCCAAAGACCAUAUGGCGAUGAUCAUACCCUUUCUGGGUGGAUCGAAGCUCUAGGGGUCGAUCAAACGUACCAACCGCCACCCGAGCCAAUUAUCAAGCCAGUGGCCUGUUUCUUUGUGCAGCCUCGCAUCGCGGGUAAACAACCCGACGACAACUACUUCCGAGCCGUUUAUCUCAUGGAACGCACCCUCAAAGAACUCGUCGCCGGUAUCGCACGGAAGAUCAAUAUCGAACCCACCAAAGUCACUCGCACCAUCCGUGUCAAUCAGAAGGGUCUGCAAAUCCUUCUGGACGAUGCUGGUGUCCAGGCUAUACCGGAACAGCAAGAUAUGGCUGCUGAAUUCCAGGAAAUUAUACCGCCAGCCCAACCCAUGAGACGAGAAUGGGACGCAGGCCCAACGGACAUUCAAGUCGACGGCGACAUCAGCGUAAUCGAGAACGUGAACUCUACUGGCUACGAGCUCCGACUUCUGUACUAA